AUGGACAUCCGUCUUCUUAAAGCGUUCCUCUUCAUUCUCUUCACAGUCAUUGGCAUUCCAGGCAAUAUCUACAUAGUGCUGAAAUUUUCUAUUACCCGGAUUAUAGAAAAGAAGCUGCUUCCAAACAAUAUUAUUUUAACAGUGUUGGCUUUAGCAAACCUUUUUAUUGUGUUUUCACGUGUCAUCCCACAGUCCCUACAUGCAGUAGGACUACAGAACUUAUUUGACGAUGCCAAUUGCAAACUGUUUGGAUAUACAUACAGAGUAAGUCGUUCAAUGUCCAUUUGCAGCACCAGUUUGCUCAGUUGCCACCAAUGCAUCCUAAUUGCCCCCAACGUCAAACUUUGGGGUUAUCUCAAACAAAAAGUUUCUCAAAAUAUAUUGAUUAUUAUUAUAGCCAUCCUGUUAAUGAAUCUAGCUCUUUACCGUACAAGUUUCAUGUAUGCCAAUGCCAUAAAGAAUUCCACUUCACCAUAUACCCUCCACUUGGUCUACUGUGAUACAGACUUUUUAACAUAUGUAUCUUAUAUUACUAAUGGUAUAGUUUUUGCCACUAGGGACUUUCUCUUUGUGGGGAUGAUGGCUCUCGCCAGUUGUUACAUUGUAUACACAUUGCUUCAUCACCAGAGAACAAUAAAAGGAAUACGGAGCUCCGACAAAAUCCAACGGAGGUCAGUUGAGUACAAGGCUUCGAGAGCAGUCAUUUUGCUCGUUGUAUUCUAUGUUCUAUUAUAUGGAUUGGAUAACUGUAUGUGGAUCUAUACCUUGACCUUAUCUAAUGUAAAACCAGAUACAAAUGAUGCCAGAGUAGUGUUGUCUUGUGCUUACUCUGCACUAAGUCCUAUUCUCAUCAUUUCAACCAAUCCUAAAUUACAACAAUGGGCAAAGGUUUCCCUAUGGAGGGACCAAACAAAAUCUACAAACAGUAGUCAUCUGUACUGUAUUAGCAAAAACUUUGAAGGACAGAUCUCCUUGCAUGCUUGA